GAUGGCGAUGCAACUCGAGUAGCAGUUGAACAGACGGGAGUUUCUAGGCCCUGUACGUAAUCGCGUGUCCACGCACGGUGAACGCUAGCACUCGUUUGCUAGACGGCCGGCUAGCAAAACGAGUCGAUUUCUCCUGGUGCGCGAUAUCGGUGGUAAAAGGUGGAGAGGAGACGUUGCUCGUCGAGGAAUUCGAGGGUAUUGUCGAGGAUACCGGUACGAGGGGACCUUGUGGUAGUUGCAACGACGGCGGCAGCGACGGCGGUGGCGGCGGCGGCGGCGACGGCAUUGUCCUGCUUGUUUUGUUGUCUCGCGCGAAACGCACAGGUGGAAAAGAGAAGAAACUAUUGCGUUGUCGAGGAACCGAGGAGUGACGGAGGAGAGCGAGACGACGGUGUGUACGAGUCGUAUAGAGAAGAGACUGGUGGUGUGUCGUAUACGAAUGCUCAUAGGUGUACCGUAAAAGACAACUGCAAACGUCUCGUAAAAGGGAGAAAGAAAGAGAUAGGUAGAGGUAGAGAAGAGAUUUGGUACGGUGGCGAAAGAGAAAGACAAGUACGAGAAGAGAUAGAUAGGAGAAGAGAGGAAAGAAAAGGUGGGAGAGAAAGAGAGACGGAAAUAAAGAAGAACGAAAGGUAGCCAGUGUACAGGACACGAGGAGAGACGAGACGAGACGACAGGGCGAGAGAGAAAGACACGAGAAGCGCAUUAGAGUGCGUGAUCCAAAAUGGCGCUGAACCAGGACGUGGACCAGUUGUCGAAGAGUAAUCUCGUGGUAAGGAUCGAUCAAAACUCUGAAUCGGAUCUACAGGCGCUUUUCGACAGCGUCCUGAAGCCAGACUCGAAGCGUCCGCUGCAAGUACCACUGCGCAUGCGCAAUCUACCAGAUUCCUUCUUCAAUCCACCGUCGACGGGUAGCAAGAGUCCCUCGAUUUCGCAUUCCCGGGAGAAUUCGGCGGAUUCGGCGUUCGGUACAGCGGCCGCAGUGGCGGUCGGUGGUGGUGCACCCGGUGGAAACGCGACCGGUGCCACACCAUCUACCGGGGCAGCAGGUGCAUCUACCGGUGGAAGUGGAAACAGCGGUGGUAGCGGUUCGAACGCUGCAGGUGCGGCUGCGGCAGCAGUCGCGGCCGCGGCCGCGGCUGGCCUAACCGUUGCUCAUCCUCGCGCCCACAGCAGCCCGGCCUCUCUUCAGCAAACCUACGCCUCGGCUCAGCAGGCGCCUCAGCACGCGCCCCAGCCGCACGCGCGUCACCACCAUCACCAGAAGCAACGCAGCUACGACGUCAUCAGUACGGUCGACGACCUGGGUCCCCUGCCACAUGGAUGGGAACAGGCGCGCACCCCCGAGGGACAAAUCUACUUCCUCAACCACCUGACGCGAACCACGACAUGGGAGGAUCCACGAAAAACAGCGGCAGCGGCGAACGUGGCGGCCGUGGCCGCAGCCGUCGACAACGGGAAAUCAACGAGCGCUGCUACAAAUUCCUUAGGCCCGUUGCCCGAUGGCUGGGAACAGGCGCGUACUCCCGAAGGAGAGAUCUACUUCAUUAAUCAUCAGACACGUACCACCUCCUGGUUCGAUCCUAGAAUCCCUACGCAUUUGCAAAGGGCCCCGACUUCUGGUGCUAUGUUACCUCAGAAUUGGCUGCAACAGCAACCCACAGGUGGUGGUAUUCAAAGUAAUCAAACGUUGCAAGCGUGUCAACAGAAACUUCGUCUUCAGUCGUUACAGAUGGAACGCGAACGUCUUAAACAACGGCAACAGGAAAUCAUGCGUCAGCAAGAACUGAUGCUUCGACAGAGCACCACCGAUGCAGCGAUGGAUCCAUUCUUAUCAGGAAUCAAUGAACAACACGUGCGUCAAGAGAGCGCAGACAGUGGUCUCGGUCUUGGUUCUGCUUACUCCCUUCCUCACACUCCGGAAGAUUUCCUUGCAAAUAUCGACGACAAUAUGGAUGGUACAAGCGACGGAGGUGCACCUAUGGAAACUCCAGAUCUUUCUACUUUGAGCGACAAUAUUGAUUCCACCGACGAUCUUGUCCCAUCGUUACAGUUGAGCGAGGAUUUCAGUAGCGACAUUUUGGACGACGUGCAAUCGCUGAUAAACCCUAACACGACAAAACCUGAAAACGUGCUGACGUGGCUGUAGUGUGCGGAGAGAGGGAAUUGUCUAUGACAGGCAAGCAAUUGAUGAAAUCGACUCGAUAACAAAACAAAAAAGUAACAAAAAAAUAAGAAACGAAACAACAAUAUCACAAUUUUAAUACGUCUAAACUGAAUGGAACGAUUCUAGAGGAUCUUUACCAGUAAUGACUAUUCCAUUAAGAAAACAAAAACGAAACAGGAACAGAACAAAAGGAAAAAAAAAACCGGAAAAACGCACGUGAAACGAGAAAAUUUUAAAGUUUAAGUAGAAAUGAAAGGAGAGCCUUAAUUGCAACGCGCUAUGCUCAACGUAUAAUACGAAUCAUGUAUACAGGAAUAUUUUGUAGGGUGUCCUAAAAAGUGUUCGCGUUAAAUCGUAAGAUCGUGUUCCAAAUAAGGAUUUCUUUCUUAGCUGCCAUGUUUAUCGUGCGAGGAAAAGUGGUGGCUAAAAAAAGAAGAUGGAAAUGUUAAAAGAUUCGAAGCCUCUGGAAUCUAGUGUUCAUGGCAAGCUUGUUUGAGUCUUCCUGAAAAGAUGCGUUUGAGAAUUUUAAGCAGGCCGUUUAAUUAGUAUCGAGGCUUCCCGACAAUUGAAAAACACUUGUCUAUCUUUUACUUCUUCUUCUUUUUUUUUUACCACCUGUUGAAACACGAUGAUUAAAGCUCUUGGAAUCUUGGAACAAAAGGAACACGAUCUUCGAUCGUGUGUAGAAUUUCGAGGAUUUUUUUAUUUCUGGGAUAUCUUGCACGAUGUAAAUGAACAUUGUAUUCGGGUCUUUCUCUUUCUCUCUUAAUUAUUAGAGCGUUCGAGCGUUUGUAUGUUUUCUUUUUUUUUUUUUGUAUGCGUGUAUGAGUGCAUUCGUGGUCCCCCUCCCCCGAAUCCCCGACAUUUUGUAUAUAUAUAAGUUUGUAUUUCUAUUUACUAAAGCAUUGUACGAGAGGGAGCGAGAGAGAGGACUGAAUAUUUUGCCUAAUAAUAUUUAAAUGUGCGUUUACGCUCAUCAUCAUUGAAGGAAGAAAAAGAAAGGAGAGCGCGACGGUGUGUAAGCUCGAUUUAUUAUAUCUUCCCGAUAGUAAGAAGAUAGGACAAGUUGAAUUGUUGUUUAAUUAUAUUUAUAAUCAACGUUGGUUUAUACAAUGAGGAGAAAAUCUGGUAUCAUGACAUACUAGAUUUUUUUUUUGAACGGUACACAUAUAGGAUCUCGCGUGUGAUUAGAAGAAGAAAUUCUCUUUUAACACUUUGACGGCCGUAUCUUUUUAUACCUAACAGGAGAGAUUAUUCGUAGAAUUAUAUUUCAGAGUUUUAUUCGCAAAGUAUAUUACAAAAAAAAAAAAAAAAAAAAAGAAUGAUGACGUCGGCCGUCAAAGCGUUAGAAACCACCAUACCUGAUGUGUUCACGGGAUUUCAAGGUAUCAAUUGAAAAUUCGUGAAACGUUUAACGUGUAACGAAAUGCAAAAUAAGUGCAAUUAUUAUAUGAAGAAGAAAAAUGAUACGCUACCGUGUAGAAGGAUAAAGGGGUGGGGAGGGGGAAAGAAAAAAUGGAAGAGAGGUGAUAUUUUAUUCGUUGAUUACAUUAUAAACGGUGAUCUUUGUGCGAUGUUUACGGAAGCAAAAUGAGCGACGUCUAAAAGUAUCGAAGCAUUUUUAAACACACACUGUUGCCUAUAACUUGAAAGUUGGCAUACGGAGCAAAUCAUGUUUACCGUGUGUUGUGUGUAUCAUUCAGAUUCGAAACAGAUUUUCUUCGAAUCGUCGUGUCCAAAGUAUAUACAUGUAUAUAUACACACACAUUUAUAUACAUACACUGCAAUCGAGUGUCGAUAAUGCUCAGACUAAUUUUACAAAGCGAAUUAAUGCUUGAACGAAGUGCCUUUUCAUUGCAAUCGAUUAGUUAAAAAACAAAAAAAAAAAAAAGAAACGACGAUCUAAUUAAACAAAUCGUCACCUUUCAAAGCAAUAACCGUCCAUACGAGAUGUUUACGUGAACAUGUGGUAAUUGUUAAAAUAGGCAAACAUUUUUUCUUUUUUUUUUUUUUUAAAAACCCUUUUUAAACACGGUAAUUAUAUAGAACAGGAAAAACCUUACCGAUUUCGUCCUGUUUCAUACAAUUAUCUGAAAUACUUCGAAGAGGGGAACACAAAAUAUGAAUAUAUAUAUAUUUUUUUUAUAUAUAAAGUCUAUACUUGUUACGAAUUGCAGUUAUAUUGGUAUUUUGAGAAGAAGAAAGGAAAAAAAAACACUUGUUAGAUUGUAAAAUUCUCUUACGUUUUAUACUACAUUACAGUUAUAAUUAUGGAGAUUACAGAAAGAAAAAGGAGAGAGAGAGUAUAUGAUAUUUAUAGAUUAUCUUUAAAUAUCUCUUUUAGUGUUAAGGAUCAUUUCGCCUUUAAACUCGUCCCCCAUUUUUUUCGGGAAAGAAAGAAAGAAAGAAAGAAAAAGAAAGAAAGAAAGAAGAGGCCGUUGAUCUUCUACUAGUGUCUGUUUCCCGUGAAACAAACACGUGUAGUUAAUUGUUAAUUAAAAAGAGGAGAUAAUACGCGUAUAUUUAGUUACAUGUGGCAGCUUGAAAACAAAAGCAGCAGAGGUUGACGUAACUAUUUUCUUUUUUCUUUCGUUAGCGCGAAAAUGAGGCGACGAUAAGCGGUACCAGUGAUAACGAUCGCUCUAUCAAAUGUAUCCUUUUUCCAUAAAAAAGAAACUGUUUUAUUUUUUUGCCAGUAAUCAAAAUAUUUAUUAUGCAAUGUAACGAAUGAAAAACUUGAAUUUUCAAUCAUUUUAAUUAUAACGUGCCUUAUGAAAUACGCUCAUAUCCACAGUGGCAAUUAAUGAACAUUUUUUAAUGUUUUCUGUAUAUUUAAUAGUUACGUCUACACUCAAAGCGAUUGUUUUAUCGAUUUGUAAUUUCGUUACGUAGAUGUAUAAAUAGAGAAUCGUGUAAAGAGCUCUUCCAACUUUUCUUACGUUAAGGAAAAGUUUAGGAAGAUGCGUAAUUAUUAAUUAGAAUAUCGUUUUUUUUUUUUCGAUGUUAUCAUUCGCGAGCACGGUUUUCACCGAUUUUUCUGUUGUAACGCUAGCCGUGCGAGCGAGGAGAGCGAGUAUUCGACCUCUUUCUUUUUUUUUUUUAAUUUUUUUUUAAGGGAAUAAUAAAACGAUCAUGUAAUAUCCAUUCGAUAUUUUGUGUUACUAUCUGUAUUAUUCGACUGAGACUUGGAAUGCGAUCGCUGUUACAGUUAAGUGUGUCGAUACAAAGAGUAAAAAAAAAAUAGAAUUUGUUUUAUCAACGUUUACGACUGUCGCGAAGUUGAGACGAUUAAUUAAUUGUUUUAUCAAAUCUGCGGGUAUUUUGCGGUUUCAUGAAUCAUAAGUGUCUGCUUUUUAUCUUGCGAUUCAACAUUAAUAGUGAAUGUUAUUUUUUAUUUAAUUGCUAGUUAUUCGAAAAUACUAAAGAUUCUAUUGUAAUUGUUACGUAUACUUGUAGAAAUUAAAUUCAAGUAGUUUUCUUUUUUUUACGUCUGUAAUAAUGAUACCGAUGAUUCACGAAACCUUCCAAUUCGAUUGUUAAUAUGUUGACGAUGGUUCAGUUUUUGCGAGCGAAGAAAUUUUAUAUGUUUAAUCAUGUCGAGAGGCACAAACGUGUUUUAUUUUCAUCAAUUAACACCUUACCUACCAUAGUCUAGCUUCCGAAUGGUUAAGGUGUUAAAGUCCACUAUGUUUUUUGUUAUCAGCUUUGCGAGGAAAAAAAUUGUUGUUCUGUGUGUUGUGAGAAAAAUGCAAAAAAAAAAAUAUGUUUAAAAAUGUUACCCUAUCGUAAACGAUGUACCAUAAUUUCGUCAAUGUCGAUGCGUUUACUUUAGACGCGAUAGCUUCCAGGCGUGUCAGGUCAGAUACAUUUUAAUGUAUUAUUUUUAAUUGCCUAGUUAACGAUAAUAUUAAUAUUACCAUACCGUAUCUUGCUUUUAGUCUAAACUCAAUUUAGUUGUUACGUUUUCAGGGGUAACUUGGGGAGGGUGGGAGGGGAACGAGGGGUUGUAGAAUCGAAAGAAGAAAGGGGGAAAGAAACAAGAAACAGAAUCUUUUUUUGCGAAGUGCCUUAAGAUAGAAGAAAAAAAAUAUUGCGGUGAAAUUGAAUGAAAUUUCACGGGAAUUGUUUUCUGUUUAAUUAGCAAUCGAUUAUAACGGUAACAGAUUAUUGAACGAAAAAUCCACGAAGCUGCUUGAUUUUUUAGGUGGCCUGAGAAAACUAAAAACAAAUCGUAACAUCUGAGAUUAUAUAAUACCGAGAAGCAAUUAGUUGUUUAAUAUCAGUAUUUAAAUAUGCUCAUUGGCAAUAAUUUGUGACGUACACUUUUUAUAUCGGUAACAAGUGCCUUAGUAAUAACGAUAAUGAUAAAUAUAUUGUUUACUUACGUACUGACAAA